UGAGGUUUCUUCUUCUUCGUCUUCUUUAUUCACGACCCUACAGCGCCAGAAGUGCACGGAGGACCGCACUUAUUGUCAAUUCUACGCGCUUUGAACAACCACAUUCAUUUGGCCGACGCUCUUUCACCAACCCCCUCCUCGACAUGUUCACUCCGCCUCCAUCUCCCGGACCGACCGCUAACUUCACCCCUGUGUCCAACCCCACGUCACAAUCGUCAAUUGGCCCUACGCUGGGGGCCAAGAAGCGGACUGGACGCCAGUUUCGACGGGCGGUCAUUAUUGUUCCCCUCGUUCUCAUGGCAAUCACUAUUUCCGCACGACUUCUCUCUUUGACCCCCUUCUCGCCGCCUGUACCCGUAUCAUGGCAUGGCCUGAUCGCCGACGGUUCAAAUCGGAGGCCACACCGACGGCACCCAUUACCUGCGCCUCAACUGCCCCAGAGUUCAUCAUCGUCUUCAGCUCCUUCAACGUCAACGUCUCUCGGUGCAGCUUCCUCAACUGGCAUUUCCAAUCAAAUCACUCCGACAGUCCCAUCCUCCCCUCCUCCCCUGCCGACACCAUUUCCUCAACCUUUCGAUGGAAACCUUGCGCAGAACUUCUCAAGUGUAUCAUGUUUCAACUUCUUCGGCAAUAUGACGAACACGCAGCCCUUCCGUGCAUGUCGUCCGUUCUCUCUGCUUCUCCAGAGUUCAGACUCUUUUAUCAAUGCCCAACAAAAUUUAACGCUUUUGAAUUCAAUAAUCUGGGGAACGUGUAACACGAGCCCAGGAGUUGCCCAAUGUGCAGCCAAUAUGGGAUGGUUCGCCGCAUCCCUCAAGACAGCAUGUGCCCAAGACCUCAAAGAUCAAAAUUCCAUGGCCGUGAACACCUUGGCAGCUCUACAAGCCUUUCAAGUCAUGCAUGAUGCAUCCUGUCUAGCCGAUCCAACGACGAACACUUACUGCUUCCUAACAGCAGUUCGGAACCCCAGUCCUUCCGAUCUGUACUACUAUCAGCUGCCUUUGAGCAUCCUAUUACCGAAAAGCUCGACGCCUUCAUGUGGUGCAUGCACCAAGAGCGUUAUGGGGAUCUACGCGGCUGCAAUACAAAAUUCUACACAGGCACCAGGACUGGCGGGGUUAAAAGCGACGUAUCAGCCCGCGGCCGAGCUCUCCGUCGGGUUAUGUGGCGCAGGAUACGCAAAAACGCUCGCGAGCAGCGCUUCAUCGUUGUCGGGAACCAACGUGAAUAUUCUCGCAGUGUUUCUAGUUAUGACCACAUGGACCUUGUUGGUUUUCUUUCCAUGA